AUGCCCCUCGACGUAGCCAUCAUCGGCGCCGGGCUGGGUGGCCUUGGUGCCGCCGUCGCCCUCCGCCGCCAGGGCCACCACGUCACCGUUUUCGAGCGAUAUGACUUUGCAGGCGAGGUGGGCGCAUCUCUGAGCGCGGCAAGCAACGGGUCGAGGUUCCUGGAGGAGUGGGGUGUCGACGUGGAGGCCGCGAAGCCGGUUAUCCUCAAGAAGCUGAUCAUGCACGAUUGGUGCAGUGGGAAGGUCGAAAACGAGUAUGGCCUAGGCGACUACAAGACCAGAUUCGGGACGGACUAUAAUAACUUCCACCGCAUCGACAUCCACCAGCAACUCCUGCGCUCGGCACUCGAGACGCAAGGCGAAGGCCCGCCGUGCACCCUCAAAGUCAAUCACAGGGUGAUCGCCCUUGACGCGGAAACGGGCUCAAUCGGGUUCGAAAACGGCGCUGCUUUCACGGCGGACCUGAUCGUUGCCGCGGACGGCAUCAGGUCCCAAUCCCGGCAGUCCAUUGGAAUAACCCCUCAGUUUUCCAUGUCCACCUCCUGCUGCUACCGCUGCAUAAUCGGCGCGGACAAGCUCCGGGAGCUCGGGCUGGAGGACUACAUCGAUAACGAGGCCAUCGAAUAUUGGGGCGGCUUUGGCAUUGACAAGAUUGUCAUGUCGCCCUGUAGCAAUGGCGAGGUGGUCUCGUGCUACUGCUUCUACCCGGCCGAAUAUAACGAGGUGCGUGAGGACGGGUGGAACAUCAGUGCCACGCCGCAGCAGCUGGUGGAUACGUUUCCUAGGCUAGAUCCGCGCAUGAAGAAGCUGAUGUGGAAUGCGGAGGAUAUCAAGAUGUGGAGAUUGUAUCGGCACCAGCCGUAUCCAUAUUGGGUCAAGGGGAAGGUGUGCUUGCUGGGUGAUGCUGCACACCCAAUGAUGCCUGAUCAAUCCCAAGGAUCGUGCAUGGCGUUCGAGGAUGCCGGCGCCCUCGGGCUCAUCUACCACCGCGAGUUCCAGUCCCAGUACUCUAUUGCAGACGGACUACGUCUGUACGAAAGCCUGCGCAAACCGCGCGCAACGCGUGUGCAAGAGGCCAGUUUCCGCGCGCGAGAGAACCUCAACGAGCGCAUCGGCUGGAGCUCCGGGGCGGACCAGCCUGGGAAAUUGACGAUCGAGGAGGUUUGCGGGUACGAUAUGCGGACGCAUUUAUCAGAGUUGGUGCAGGAGAUGAAGGGCGUGUCUGCAUCGUUGUAG